AGUUUCUUGGUACGUUUAGUCGACCCUCAGAAGCGAACUCUAUCAAUGAGAAGAUGUAGGGGCCCAUGGUCUGCCGUGUCCUCUCGCGCUUUCCCAUCCUCUCCCCCGUCAACUUCCCUUACUACCCUCCCCUGCCCUCGCCCCCGCCCUCCAUGUGUUCACGAGCAGUUUCGCCUCAAUGAUGCCCAGUACCUGCGUUCCUCACUGUACUACGUGACUUUGCCAUCUUUUGCCCCGCCCUCCCCGCCCGCUCUCCCGGAGUGGUCAUGCCGCGCUCGCUCUUGGCGGGAGCCCUGUGGCUGACCCUUGGUGCUGGGGCCGCAGGUCUCGAGCUGAACCCGUUCCGGCGCUCCGCGCCCCUGCGAGACCCCGACACGCCGCUGGGGACCGAGCUGGCGAAGGAGCUGGCCAGCGUGGAGCACGAGGGCUACUUCUGCGCGGGGGCCUGGGGCGUGGACCGCAAGAAGCUCACCGGCAGCGAGGUGGAGUCCUCUCCCCAGGCCUGCGCCGCCGGGGCGGAGCGCGACCCCGAGUGCGGGCAGGAGCUGUACUUCGGCAUCUCCAGGGCGGGCCAGUGGCAGUGCCGCUGCGUGCUGGCGGGCAGGAGCUGCCUGAGGGAGAGGGCGCCCCAGGGUGCCCUCUUCACCGUGUUCCGGUUCGGCGCCGCGGGGGGCUUGCCGCUGGGCGAGCACCGCGCCUCGCCGCAGCAGGGCGUGCAGGGCAAGGCGACCCCGGAGCAGUCCCACUCGGCGCUCGGGGAGUCCACGGUGCCCGCAGCGGGUGGGCAGCUCGAGGCUGAGCUCGGCGCAGGGGCACCGGUGGCCGCUGUGCCGCUCGCCACGCUGGCCCCGUGGGCAGACGUCGGAGCGGCGCCCACGCGGCCUACCGCCGAGCGCGGUGGGGCGGCCGAGGAGUGGCCGUCCGCGCUCCCUCCGGCCGGGCCCCCGCCUGCCGCCGCGGCCGGCGCCGACGCACCGCGCGAGGGCCAGCGCGAGCACGGCGCCUGCGCUCCGACCGGCCACGUGGGCCGAUUCCUCUCGGAGCCGCCGCACGGCUGGCACCUGCAGGGGCACCGGGAGUCUUAUGCGGCCUGCGCGGCGGCUGGGCACGAGGGCGGGUUCGCGAACGUCGCGUGGAACAAGGGCUCCUCCUACUUUGGCGACUGCUACGCGAUCAAGGACGACAUGCCCUCGAGCAACUCUGGGGACUGUGCCGACUACUGCUGGGUCUUUGGGGCCGCGUGCAAGCCGGUGUUGUCCGAUGCAGCCGGCCAGGCGCAGACGACGGCGCAGCGGCAGCUGCAGGUGGUGCCCACCGAGCCGCCGCAGCCGCAGCCCCCUCGGCAGCCGCAGCCCCAGCCGCAGAUGCAGCGUGUCGUCGACGAGCGUCCGCAGGCCACUGAGCAGUCUGGCGAUCAGCCCGGCGAGCCCGAAGCCGACCUGAGGGCGGGAGCGCGGCCGCAUUCCGAUGCGCAGCCAGCCGCGCAGGUGCAGGCCAGGCCGCAAGUGCCGCCGCCCUACAGUCCCAGCCCCGCGGUGGAGGCCCAGCCGCGGCAGUCCCAGCCACCGCCUCGCGAGCUCCUGGGCCAGCCCGGCGAGGGCUUCUGCGCGGGCCCGCCGCUGUACGACGGGCCCACUACGGGCUGGGAGGACUGCCGCACGAGGUGCGACGUCGUCGGCUGCAGGUUCUGGAGCUACUGGCACAACUCCGGGCACCACUGGUGCAAGCUCACUUUACAGUGCGCCGAGCGCAGGCAGGAUGGCCACUACACGAUCAGCGCGUACCAGACGGUGAAGGCCGCCGCGCGGGACGACGGCCCGGCGCCGUCCGCGUGGGCGCCGCCGGCGAGCGGCGAGCACUCCGCGGGCCAGCGGCCCUCCGCGCGCGAGGAGCGCGAGAGCCUCGAGGCCGAACGCCUGCGGCUCGAGGAGCUGCGCAGGCAGGAGGAGGUGCGGCGCGAGGUGGAGCGCCUGAGAGAGGAGGCGCGGCGCGCGGAGGAGCGCAAGGCCGAGGAGGCGCUGCGCGCCGCGCGCGAGGCAAAGGCCGAGCAGGAGAGGCGCAGGCUCGACGAGGAGCGCGAGCGCGCGCGCGCCGAGGAGAAGCUGGAGCGGGAGCAGGCGCGCCAGGCCCUGGAGCAGGAGAAGCGCAGGCUCGAGCAGGAUCGGCUGGAGCAGGAGCAGGCGCGCACGGCGCUCGAGCAGGAGAAACUGGAGCGGGAGCAGGCGCGCCAGGCCCUGGAGCAGGAGAAGCGCAGGCUCGAGCAGGAUCGGCUGGAGCAGGAGCAGGCGCGCACGGCGCUCGAGCAGGAGAAGCUGGAGCGGGAGCAGGCGCGCCAGGCCCUGGAGCAGGAGCACCAGGAGGCGCACGCGCUGGCCAGCAGGCAGGCCUGCGCGCCGCGCGGUGCCGCCCGCAGGUUCGCCCGCCCGCCACGGAGUGGCUGGCACGAUCUCGGCAAGGUGGGAUCCUACGUCGACUGCGCGAACGCCGCUGGGUCGACGGGCUACAGGAAUCUCGUCUGGAACAACGGCUCGGCUGCAGCCGGCCGGUGCUACGGAUUCGCCCACGACGUGCCCGAGCUCCUACAGCGGGGCUGCGAGGCCACCUACUGCUGGCUCUUCGGCCCAGCGUGCGACACCCGCUCCCAGGAUGCAGAGGAAGGGCAGAACCUCAGCGGGACGAGACUGGUGGAUAGCAAGGCGGGGGCGGGGCGGCUGCCAAAGCCAUUCGCAUGCUAAGAGUAAUAUGAAAAAGAAGAAUCGGCAUAAAGAGACGUUCGGAGCCCCUCGCGGACUUCUUGGAUCGGCGCUGGGUCCUCCUCCCCAGCGCGCGGAGCGCGCCAAGGGGCCGCGCCGGAGGCGCAGCCAGGGGACCCAGCGCCGCUCCAAGAAAUCCGGAGUGGAGCUCCGAAAAGUGAAGUUCAUGAGGGUUUUACUUCCUCCAACGACGGAGAGACGGCUCCCUUGCCCUCCAUCCGCGGAUGGACAUCUGUGGUACGCAGAAGGUACCUGUGCACCACCACCAUGCCUGGCCAGGGCCAUCUUGGGCCCUAGCAUGGUGUAUACCCCCCCCCCGUUAUACCCCCUCCCCUUGCCGAGGCCACGAGGGUCUGUACACUUGCCAAGGGCCAGCUUGUGCUCCUGUGUCAAUGUCAUCCAGCUCGGACCUCCGAAAGCUCCUCUUUGUGCUGCUCUCUCUUCCUCGAGAGAAAGUCACCACCUACCAAACCACCCCAACCAAACCCGAAGGCCUCAACUUGCCAUCCAUUUCCAGUGUCAAGGAGUCGGGGAACAUUGAAAAAGCACGUGGACCCCGUACCCCCCCCAACCCGAAAUUCGGGUAACAUUCUGGUCUUCGGGUUGGGUUGGGGCGGUCGACCGUCGAGACCAAGGCCAAGGACAACGUCAAGGCCGAGGCCAAGGCCAAGAGCUUCGCCCCGGCGGCGCGCCGGGCCGAGCACGAGCCUGGCCGCGCCGUGCGCGGGGAGGAGGAGGACGAGGCGCGCGCCAUCGCGGACGCGGAGGAGCGCAUGACGGAGGCCGCCGAGCACCGCAGGGCGACGGAGAGGCCGCGGUCGGUGGCGGGUGCGACGCCGCAGGCGGGCGAGGAUGCGGCGAGGGCGCAGCGCGGGGGCGGCCCGCGCUCGCACGAAGAGCUGGAGGCGUGGGGCGAUCCGGCGCUCGAGGCAUCGGGCGGCGCGCCGAUUUCGGAUCCCCUCGGGUCAUGAAGCGACGGUGGUCGGAGGCUGUUGAUGGUCUGUUGGGCCUCCG